AUGACGACGGCAGCUGUGAGAUCACACUGGGUGUGCAUUGUCAUCGGCAUUUGGAAUUAUGACGAGGGGGGAAGAUUGGAGAGCCUGCAAGAUGUCGAACAAGAGCAUGCUGAAGUGACGCAGGCUGUGCUAGAUUCGGGACUGUGCGAAAGAGAAGAUGUGUAUUCUCUUGCCAAUGCGACAUAUGACGAAGUCAAGGAAGCGAUUCAGAAAGCCGUCGACUCUUUAAAGCGUUGUUCCAAGCUGUUGGUGGUCUACAUGGGGCACAGCUACUGCGACGAGAAGAAUCGCAACCACACUUGGAUUGUCCCUUCUCCAGGCCUCAAGUGGAACAACUGCAUCUUGCUCGAGGAUGAGGUAGCGCGCCAGGUCUCCAAGGAGGGCAGCGACACGCGGUUUUUGGACAUUUGCUGGAUAUUCUCCAGCUGUCGCACAGAUUGUGCAUACAGCAGACUUUUUGGCCAACCGGAGCCUGUAGCAGCACCAGUGUAUAGCAGCAACGACACCCAUUGGAAGUUCUAUGCAUGUCCCAAGCGCCACGAAGUCAUGGACACGCCGUUCCUUGGUUGCGUUCUGGCCAGCCUCCUGCGUGCACACCCCGACAGCUUGCAAAGCCUACUUCGCAAGCUCAAGGACGAGGUAAGGUAUGUCUCAUUGGGCGAGGUGCAUCCAGAGCUAUUGGAAGACCCGACAAGAGAUGUCACACUUUUUGGAACUGCUGCUGUACCUCGAAGGCCCAUCAUGACGGAUGCUGUGCUCUUUUUCUUGGAGAAGGCGGUCUUGAUGCGACAGCACCUUGUGGAGUUGGUCAGCCGUGAAAUCUCCAACUAUGCAUCAGCGCGGGCCGGGCUGGCAGCGCUGGCCGACGUCGUGAAGGGCUCGUCAGACUGGGUGUUCGACCUGAGCUUGCAGCUGGCAGUUCUGAAGGAGGAGUCGUUAUUGUCAGUCAAGGAAGCUGUGGAGAAGUACAAGGUCGAGAAUGAGAGAUUGCAGGAAAGACGCGUUCCACAGGAGGAGGUCAACAGCUGGGGGAAGAUUCCGAAAGAGUCGGUGCGCUCCUUUCUCACGGCCUUGUGCAACAGGGACCUCGCGGAACUCACACCCGAAGUUAGCAACGCCACCCGCAAGUAUCUGAGAAAGAUGGCCCAGGCCCACCGCAAAGUUUCAUACCCCACUUCGCUUGGUGGGGCAUCCUCUGGGAUACGCGAGAGCGUAAAGAUAGGAGGCUCUGUGGGAACGCUCAGCUUUGAGGAGCAGGACGCAUUUUUUGAGGAAGUGACUCGUCUGGCGGAGAUCCUCAACAUAUCUGUUGACAUGGCGCACUUUGGGACAGGCUGUCUGCUCAUCGUCCUGAUCUUAUCCAGACCUCUUUUGGUUCAUCAGAAGCAGGCUUUCUGUGGCGAACUGCAUGCGUACUUGCAGAGCAAGGAGCAGUCCUCUCUUGCCUUUGCACGGAAGCCUGUCUUCCAAUCGAGCUUGCCUCGCGCUGACAACCUUGUCGAUAUGGUCGAGAGCAUUCGUUCUGGGCUGAAGUCUCCUGUGAACUCUUGCUGGCUCAAUGUACGCGGGCUCAAAGCUUUGAUGGCGAAGUGGAUCGAUGAAGGCAACUUUGAGUCGGGCAGUGCUUCAUCCGACUUUCGCCUCCGCAUUGUUUGCAGGGAAGGAGAGAUGGAGGAUGGCGAAUGGCUAAGGGGCACUUCGGACCUGCAAGUCGUUGCCGAGCCCACGUGGCCAUUUUGGAAGCAGAGCUCAGCGUUUAAGGAGUUGGAUGCGGAGCUCACAGGACUCCUUCACAAUCUCUCGAAGCGGGAGAUGGAUGGAGGGUUGCUGUGGGCCGACACUGCAAGCUUCAUGGACCUGGCGCUGGUGAUCUCCUCCCUGGCUGCAGAGCCAGACCUACGUGACCUUGUCCUGCGUGCCCUUCGAGGUGACGAGGCAUCCAGAUGCCAAGGCCCACGAGACCUGGAGAUCCACCUCUGGGAGGAAAUCCUCGCCGGCGACAAGUGCUCAGUUGAAGCUUCAACCAAGUCUGCCCAUCAUUCGGCGGAGCUUCCAGCGGGCACGAUGGCCCGGACGACCGGAGAGCUAGGCGAUCAAGGGUACCGCACAUCCACGUCGAUACCUUCCGGCAGUAGUACUGCAGUGGCGGAGGUUGGGGGUGAAAAGGCGGUGCUGGACCGUCUGGACCAGGUCGAAAUGCUUGAAGGCGGCAAGCAAUUACUCGACCAGAUCGAAAAGUUUCCGCAGUCAAAGCAGUGCUUGCUGCAGCUCAUAGCAGUAGCACGCUUCAUGUCAGCUGCGGCUUUCCCGCAGUUUGUCGAUGUCCUCCGCGGACUCUCGCAGCCAGUGGCCACGAGAGGGAGCUCUGCAUCUGACCACAACGAGGAGAUUGACGAAGGGCUGGCGCAGACCUUGGAGAAGCUACGCGACGACAUUGAGAAGGAAGGAGUCGACCGCGCCAUUGACUUAUUCAUCGAGGAGUGGAACUAG